AUGAGUGAGGUCAAUUUGGGGUUGCCGUUCCCGGACCACUUCAUGGCGGCGUUCCGGUUGAAAAUCGGAUUGGGGAUGAAGGCGAAGGGAGACGAGGCGGUGAAUAUGGGGAUUGUGGAGUCAGCACACGAAAGCGCGGAGAGCACGGUGGAGGCCACGAUGCGCCUAGGGGAGGAUUUAGGGAAAGAGGAAGUGGAACGGCGACAUUUUCGCGGAGAUCAGGAAGAGCUUGUAUCCGGGGUUGUUGGAGUGGCGAUUGCUACUCCAAAGGCAAAGCUUUGA